UGACAGGUUGUUUCACAAAAGACUAUCAAAGCGCGAAAGAUGUCAAAGUACACUCAUCGGAUGGGAUGAGGGGGGUAUACUACUCUUAGGAGGAAGUUGAUUUAAGAGAAAGUGAUUUCAAAGGAAGAAAUGCUCCCAAGGUCAAUUAUGUGGUGUAAAGGACGUGAAAGUAAUGGAGUAUUUAAGGAUGAAGAUGUUAAACUCAUGGCGGAUAAACUAAUUGAACAAGAAAAGAAGAUAAAAAAAGGACAAGUUAAUGUUGAACCGGGCACAAAUGCCAUGACCUUAGUUUUUGGCAAGGAAAAGGGAGGAUUUUUAAAGGGUGUCAGCACAGGAGUCACUUACAACAGAUAUUUCAAUGUUCCUCACAACAAAGGAUCAUCUAAGGAAGAAAUUAAAGUUAAUGAACAAGAUCAAACACUAAAGCUAGUUUUGGCUCAUCUUUAUGCAAAAGGAGUUGACUUUCAAAAUCUAUCUCAUACUGUUGGUAUUUCAUGUGACAAUAUUGUUGAAAGUAGUGAAACAACUCCUGCUAGUCUCAAAACCAAGCAACCUUCAGAACUUGUAACACCAGUUAUUGGAAAACCCACCAAGAAACAAGUUCAAACCAACUCUGCAACUGCAACUCCCGAUACACAAUUGAUUUCCAUGAAAUAUGCAUUAGUACCAAUCAAGUGUAGUCUACCACAUCCGUAUAAAAGGAACAUCGUUGCUCUUGUGGUAAUGAAACAAGCAUUUCCACCCCAUAAAACAGGAGAAUUCACAUUAGUUGAGGAUGCAUAUAAAAGUUUUGUUCCAUCACCAAAAUACCUUGUGCAAACCGAGUCACAGUGUCGAUUUCAUGGGAUGACCCCUCGAAACAAUACCCAUCCCACUAACAUUAGUCAGCUACACCAGGAGAGAGAGCGGGAGAGGAGCAAUAGAAUUCUCCAUGAUUUGCCACCUAGUAGAACAAAACAUACUGUUAGGGCGCCUAACACUCUUCGAGCUGCAAUCUAUGCCAUCAACAAUUCACAGCACACGGUCCAAAUUAGCAACCAUUGUCGUUGA